CGUCAACAUGUGGAAGAGGAAAGACCCCGAUCAUGCCGUGGGCAUUGACGAUCUAGAGCUCGAAGCUGCGGGUUAUUCGCAACAGAUGCCCCGACAAUUUUCACCGUGGUCGCUCGGAGCCCUAUCAUUUACUCUCACUUGUACUUGGCUGGGAACGGGCUCAUCGAUCGGGAUCGGACUGGCUGAGGCCUCAGCCGCCGGAGCACUAUGGGCUCUCCCAAUUGCUGGGGUCAUGACACUAAUUGUCUCUGCUGGCAUGGCAGAGCUGGCAUCUGCGUAUCCCGUCGCAGGCGCUCAGUAUUACUGGACGUUUAUGAUUGCAAGCGACAAAUACAAAGCAUUUGGGUCUUUCGUCAAUGGAUGGAUGAGUAUAGUCGGAUGGUGGCUGGCAUCAGGUUCUGUUGCCAACUUCAACUCUUCCAUGAUCUUGGAAAUCGUCACAGUUUGGUAUCCGAACUUUCAGCCACAACAUUGGCAGCAGUACCUCAUAUACAUCGCUCUCAUAUGGCUUGCCGCAGCCCUGAACAUUCUGGGUUCCAGAUGGCUACCCCAUUUCAACCAGUUCAUCUUUCUCUUGUCCGUCGCUACACUUGCGGCUACUACAAUGACCCUAUUCAUCGUUGCAAGGCACCAUCAUGCCACGGCAUCGUUUAUAUUUACCGAUACCCUCAGUCAAAGCGGAUGGCCAAGCCAAGGAUUCUCAUUUCUGCUAGCCAUCAGCAACUCUGUUUACGGGUUCCUUGGAAGCGACUGCGGAGCGCAUCUUUGCGAAGAGAUUGCGAACCCGUCCCGGAAUGUACCAAAAGCAAUACUCUACCCGCUGGUCGUGGGUCUACUCACCGCACUUCCGUUCACCAUUUCUCUCAUAUACUCAAUCUCAGACGUCAAUGCCGUGCUCGAAAAGAUAACUGGUCUGCCACUGAUCGAGAUAUACUAUCAAGGGACAGGAUCGUACGCCGCCGCUUCAGUUUUGCUAGCUGCUUUUGCCUUUUGCCUCUUUGGGUGUUUGGUGGGGGUUGGCACAACCUGUUCUCGUACGCUGUGGGCCGUUUCUCGUGAUGGUGCCUUGCCCUUCUCCACCAUAUGGAUGCGGGUGCAUUCCAAGUUUCAUAUGCCCGCAAAUGCCAUGGUCCUCACUGCAUCUUGCGUUUCGCUAUAUGGAUUGAUAUUCUUGGGCUCGACCACAGCCUUCUCCGCUAUGGUCAGUGCCACAAUCAUGUUCACGCAAACAUCCUGUGUCAUUCCACAAGCCAUACUUCUUUACCGUGGUCGCGACCACGUUCUGCCAAACCGAUAUUUUGAUCUCGGGAGGUUCGGUACUAUUGUGAACGCUGUCGCGGUUUCAUGGACAAUAUUUCUAGACGUGCUGGUAUGCUUUCCAACGUCUAUGCCUGUGACUGCCGAAAAUAUGAAUUAUGUAUCGGUUGUGUUCGUGGGCUUGGCUUCGUUUGUUGUGUUGUUAUGGUUCAGCACAAAAAGGGGCACAUUUAAAGGCCCACAUGUAAACAUCGGCUUGAUGAACGAGAGAAGGUUGGCUGCCUUGCAUACGGAGACUGUCGGUCCAGAGAUGGAUGAUCAAAGGCCAGGGAUAGUCGAGUUUCUUUUAUAA